AUGAGUGAAGAGAGGCGAGAUGGAAAGCAACCUGAGAGGCAAGAGAGGGACGCGGUUGCUGCUGGAGUUCAGAGAGCACGCAUUGGACCUAUAAGAGGGCAACGAGUUGAGCUUAGGGGUCGUGGGAUUUAUGGAGAACAUUAUCAAGAAGAUUCAGCUGAUGAAAGUGAUGAUGGAUCUCAGGCUAGUCAUCAUGGUAGAAAUCACAACCGCAGGCGACCAGCUACUGAUAACCUAGGCAAUCUCAAGCUUAGAAUCCCUCCAUUCCAUGGGAAGAAUGAUCCUGAUGCUUACUUAGAGUGGGAGAAGAAGAUUGAACUGGUUUUCAAUUGCCAACAGUUCACUGAGGAGAGGAAAGUGAGACUAGCAGCUACUGAAUUCUGUGGUUAUGCUAUUAGCUGGUGGGAUCAGAUUGCUACUACCAGGAGACGCAAUGGAGAGCCUCAGGUAGCUUCAUGGUUUGAGAUGAAAACUGUGAUGAAGAAGAGAUUUGUUCCUAAUCACUAUGGAAGAGAUCUACACCAGAAGUUGAGAAGGCUUUCUCAAGGAUCUAAGAGUGUAGAGGACUAUCACCAGGAGAUGGAAACACUCAUGUUGAAAGCUGACUUAGAAGAAGAAGUAGAAGCUACUAUGGCUAGAUUCCAAGGAGGUCUUAACAGAGAUAUACAAGAUAGGUUGGAGCUACAAGAGUAUGAGGACAUGGAUGAACUGCUACAUAAGGCUAUUUUGAUUGAGCAGCAGAACAAGAGGAAGAGCUCUACCCGGUCUUCAUACACUCCUGCCUCAAAACCGGCCUACUGCAAGGAAGAUAAGCCAGGGGAUAAGUCCAAAGAAGGGUCUUCUUCAGUGGAGACCAAGAGAGAUGACAAGGGUAAAGGAGUAGCCACACCUACUAAGACCAGGAACAUUAAGUGUUUCAAGUGUCAUGGCUUUGGUCACUAUGCUAAUGAGUGCACCAACAAGAAGGUGAUGACUAUCUUAGCCGACGGGGAGGUGAUAUCUGAAGAGGAGGACGCCGGCCAAGAGUCUGAUGAGGAAGGCGUGGAGUACCCUGUCCGUGGAGAGCUAUUAGUCACCAGGAGACUUCUCAAUGCUCAACCUAAACCCAAAGAAGAUGAGCAAAGGGAAAACUUGUUUCACACCAGAUGCUUGAUUCAAGAAAAGGUUUGUAGCUUGAUCAUUGAUGGAGGAAGUUGUACUAAUGUAGCAAGUGCUGAGUUGGUGGAGAAGUUGGGUCUUCAAGUGUUCAAGCAUCCUAAGCCAUAUCUGUUGCAAUGGAUCAAUGAUGAGGGAGGAUUAAAGAUCACCAAGCAAGUGAAGGUAUUGCUAUCAGUGGGAAAGUACCAGGAUGAGAUCACUUGUGAUGUAGCACCCCUGGAAGCUAGCCACAUCCUUCUUGGACGUCCAUGGCAGUAUGAUAAGAGAUCAGUACAUGAUGGCUUUACCAACAGAUACACUUUUAUCCAUAAGGAGAAACAAGUUACCCUGGCGCCAAUGACCCCUCAGGAGGUACACCAGGAUCAGAUGCAUCUCAAAAUGAAGAGAGGAGAGUCCAAGGCCGCCAGCAAGUCCUUGCUUCUUGAAGAGACCAGCCAGGUAAGUAAACUCAACCUCUUUGCUACUGCUAAAGAUAUCAAAACUGCUGUGAUUGAACAAUCAAAUUUGAUACUAGUAGUUUACAAAGAAUUGUUGAGCUCUACUACUAACCCUGCUCCUGAGAUUCCAGAGGAGAUUGAGUGUCUUUUGCAGGAGUAUAGAGAUGUGUUCCCAGAGGACAAUCCCAUAGGUCUGCCGCCUAUUAGGGGAAUAGAGCACCAGAUUGACUUUGUACCAGGAGCUACUUUACCAAACCGUCCAGCAUACAGGACCAACCCUGUGGAGACUAAGGAGCUUCAGAAACAAGUCAAUGAGCUAAUGGAGAAGGGACAUAUCAGGGAGAGUAUGAGUCCUUGUGCUGUACCUGUCCUCUUGGUGCCAAAAAAAGAUGGAAGCUGGAGGAUGUGUGUGGACUGCAGAGCCAUCAACAACAUAACAGUUAAGUACAGACAUCCUAUUCCUCGCUUAGAUGAUAUGCUAGAUGAGUUACAUGAUAACCUUGUCUUUUUAGGUUUUGUUGUGACUUCACAGGGCAUACAGGUUGAUGAGGAAAAGGUGAAGGCUAUCAGGGAGUGGCCGAUUCCUAAAUCUAUUGGAGAGGUCAGAAGUUUUCAUGGACUUGCUGGCUUCUACCGGAGUGAGAAGCUAGGAGGCGCCACCUUAAACUAUCCUACCUAUGACAAGGAGCUGUAUGCCUUGGUGAGAGCUUUACAAGUGUGGCAACAUUACUUGUGGCCUAAGGAGUUUGUGAUCCAUACAGAUCAUGAAUCCCUUAAACAUCUCAAAGGGCAACAGAAGCUGAACAAGAGACACGCCAGGGAAGCUCACGCAGGAGGGCUGAUGGGACACUUUGGGGUCGCCAAAACACUCUCCACCUUGCAGGAGCACUUCUACUGGCCGAGUAUGAAGAAAGAAGUGGAGCGUGUGUGCUCAAGGUGUGUCGUGUGCAAGCAAGCCAAGUCUAAGGUCAGGAAGAACAUUGAGGAGAGGACCAAGAUGUAUGAGAGGCAGAAGAACAAGGGGCGCAAGGAGCUAGUACUUGAACCGGGUGAUCUUGUGUGGAUUCACAUGAGAAAAGAGAGGUUUCCUGUUGAGAGGAAAUCAAAGUUGCUGCCAAGGAAAGAUGGACCUUUCAAAGUGCUGAAGAGAAUCAACAACAAUGCCUACCAGAUUGAUCUUGAAGGGAAAUACACAAUCAGUUCUACUUUCAAUGAGACUAAGAAGAUUCAAGUAGCUGCUACCGAGUUCAAUGAUUAUGCAUUGAGCUGGUGGGAUCAGUUGGUUACAAACAAGAGGCGCAAUGGUGAAUUUCCCAUUGAAACAUGGGCAGAGAUGAAAGCUGUGAUGCGCAAGAGGUUUGUACCAAGCCAUUAUCACCGUGAUCUUCAUCAAAAGCUGAGACUGCUCACACAAGGAUCAAAGUCUGUAGAGGAAUACUUUCAAGAGAUGGAGUUGCUUAUGCUAAGAGCUUGUGUAUCUGAGGACAGUGAAGCUACCAUGGCACGAUUUCUUGGUGGACUCAACCGUGAGAUACAAGAUAGAGUGGAGAUGCAACACUACUUGGAGAUAGAGGAGAUGCUACACAAAGCUAUCUUGGUGGAGCAGCAAGUUAAGAGAAGAAGUCAUGCGCGUGGCAGCUAUGGUUCCAAUAGAUACCAGACCUCUAAGGAAGAUAAACCGAGCUAUCAAAAGGAGAGCAAGCCACAGCCAAAAGAAGAAUCCAAGUCUAGUAGCAUCUACAACAAAGAUAAGGGUAAAGUGGAAGCUACAAGCUCGCGUGCAAGAGAUGUGAAGUGCUUUAAGUGCCAAGGGCGUGGGCACUAUGCUAAUGAGUGUACUAACAAGAGAGUUAUGAUUCUUCUGGAGAAUGGAGAGUUUGAAUCUGAAGAUGAGAAACUAAGAACUGAUCAAGAACUAUCAGAAGUUGAGCAUGAGGAGGAACCAGUUCAAGGUAGACUUUUGGUUGCAAGAAGAACUCUCAGUUUGCAAAACAAAACUGAGGAGCAAGAACAAAGAGAGAACUUGUUCUACACACGUUGUCUGGUGCAAGGAAAGGUCUGCAGCCUGAUCAUCGACGGUGGAAGCUGUGUUAAUGUUGCUAGCGAGACAAUGGUGAAGAAGCUUGGUUUGAAAGCUCAAAAGCAUCCUAAACCUUACCGGCUGCAAUGGCUUAAUGAAGAGGGCGAGAUGAGGGUAUCUACUCAGGUUUCUAUACCCUUGUCCAUUGGGAGGUAUGAAGAUGACAUUCUCUGUGAUGUGAUACCCAUGGAAGCCAGCCACAUACUACUGGGAAGGCCUUGGCAAUUUGAUAGGCGUGAAUACCAGGAUGUAUUUCCAGAAGAUAAUCCCAUAGGAUUGCCACCUAUUCGAGGGAUUGAGCAUCAGAUUGAUUUUGUACCAGGAGCUACUCUUCCCAACAGACCAGCAUACAGAACUAAUCCUGUGGAAACCAAGGAGCUACAAAGACAGGUCGAGGAACUGAUGGAGAAGGGCCAUAUCCGUGAGAGUAUGAGCCCAUGUGCCGUGCCUGUGCUCCUUGUGCCAAAGAAAGAUGGGAGCUGGCGCUUUGUUGUGAGUGCAGAUGGAGUAAAGGUGGAUCAGGAGAAGGUGAGAGCAAUUCAAGAAUGGCCAAUUCCAAAGACUAUAAGUGAAGUAAGGAGCUUCCACGGCCUUGCUGGCUUCUACCGACGGUUUGUGAAAGACUUUAGCACCAUAGCAGCCCCAUUGACUGAGGUGAUCAAGAAAGAAGUUGGAUUCAAAUGGGGAGAAGCACAAGAACUUGCCUUUCAAUGCCUAAAAGAGAAGCUUACUAAUGCCCCUCUUCUUAUACUUCCUGAUUUCAAUAAAACUUUUGAAAUUGAAUGUGAUGCCUCAGGAAUUGGAAUUGGUGCUGUUCUUAUGCAGGAGAAGAGACCCAUAGCUUAUUUCAGUGAGAAGCUUGGAGGCGCCACUCUCAACUAUGCAACUUAUGAUAAGGAAUUGUAUGCCUUGGUGAGAGCUUUGCAGACUUGGCAGCAUUACUUGUGGCCCAAGGAGUUUGUGAUACACACGGAUCAUGAGUCUCUCAAGUACUUGAAAGGACAGAACAAGCUCAGCAAGAGACACGCAAGAUGGGUAGAAUUCAUAGAAACCUUUCCUUAUGUCAUCAAGUACAAACAAGGUAAAGAAAACAUAGUUGCUGAUGCACUAUCUCGAAGACAUGAUGGAUUCCUCUUUUAUGAUAAUAGACUGUGUGUGCCUAAUUGCUCUUUGAGAGAUUUGUUUGUUAGGGAAUCACAUGGAGGGAGUCUCAUGGGUCACUUUGGUAUUGCAAAGACUCUUAAAACCUUGCAGGAUCAUUUCUUUUGGCCUCGGAUGAAAAGUGAUGUGGAGAAACUAUGUGAGAGAUGUGCAACUUGCAAGCAAGCUAAGUCUAAGGUUCAGUCUCACGGUUUGUAUACUCCUCUCCCUAUUCCUUAUCAUCCUUGGAAUGACAUAUCUAUGGAUUUCAUUGUUGGAUUGCCUAGAACUAGGACUGGGAAGGAUUCUAUCUUUGUUGUUGUUGACAGGUUCUCAAAAAUGGCACAUUUCAUAGCAUGUCACAAAACUGAUGAUGCAUUGCAUGUAGCUAAUCUGUUCUUUAAGGAGAUUGUGCGUUUACAUGGCAUGCCUAGGACCAUAGUUUCUGAUAGAGAUACUAAGUUUCUUAGUUAUUUUUGGAAAACUCUUUGGUCUAAGCUAGGCACUAAGUUGUUGUUCUCCACUACUUGUCAUCCGCAAACUGAUGGACAGACUGAAGUAGUUAAUAGAACUCUAGGAACACUCUUGCGUGCAUUCAUUAAAAAGAAUCUGAAAUCUUGGGAAGACUAUCUGCCACAUUGUGAAUUUGCAUAUAAUCAUGCUGUGCAUUCUGCUUCUAAGUUUUCACCCUUUGAAAUUGUUUAUGGGUUCAAUCCCACCUCUCCUUUGGAUUUAAUUCCUUUACCUGAGUUUUGGGUUCAUUUGAGAAAAGAGAGGUUUCCUAAUGAGAGGAAGUCAAAGCUUAUGCCAAGAAUUGAUGGACCUUUUGAGAUCACAAAGAAGAUCAGCAACAAUGCCUACAAGAUUGAUCUCCAAGAUGAACCUGAUUUGAGGUCAAAUCCUUUUCAAGAGGGAGGGGAUGAUAUGAUCAUGGACCAGCCAGCUGAUGGAGAUAGAGAUGGCGAGUUUAGAGAUGAACCAGCUGAAGAAGAUGAGGUCUUAACCAUUCCUAAAGGUCCCAUGACUCGAGCCAGAGCUAGGAAACUCAAAGAAGCUAUUGGAGGACUAAUCAGGAAGUCCUUGGAG